AUGGCCAGCGGGGGUCCCAGCCAGGCGGUGCCAGGCGUGCUGCAGAAGCCGCUGGAGGAGGUCAAGGGCGAUUUCGAGCGCGUGUGCGCCGGCUGCGUCAACGCCGACUCGGCAUCCAAGACCUUUGUGCGCCAGGACUAUGGCGAGAACUCCUACAUGAACCAGUCCUACAUCUCCACCUCCAUGGCCGCCUACUUCUCCAACGACACCGUGGCCCUGCCCGGCAUCGCCAUGUUCAUGAGGACCAACGCCGCCAGGGCCAAGCAGGACGCGCUCCAGUUCCUGGACUAUCAAAACAUGCGGGGUGGAAAGGUGGUGCUGGCCUCCAUCGCAAUGCCCAAGGCCGACUACUUUCAGGAGGAGCAGGGCGACGCCCUGCACGCCUACGAGCUGCUGCUGGCCCUCAACAAGCUCAACUUCUCCAAGCUGCGCGCCCUGCACAGCACCGCCCGCGAGGAGGAAGACCCGGAGCUGCAGGACUUUGUCAACUACAAGCUGCACGAACUGGCCCUGGCCAUCCGUGAGAUGGGCUCCUAUGUGUGCGAGCUGAAGCGCGUGGGCACCGGCCACGGCGUGCGCGUGGAGAAGCGCCACGGCCACGUGCUGUCGGCCACCGUGAAGCUGCCCGUCACUUGA